AUUCCCUGCCGAAAGCCAAAGUUCCGUCGUAAUAGGGCCCGCUUGGUUUCGAUUUGGGUCAUACCCCUGGAUGCGAAUUCUAUGAUAACCAAGUCAGAUCCCAGAUUCCUGCAGAUUUCGAAUACAAUUCUCGUGAUUUCUCAGGUCAAAUAUCCUCAUCUAUAAUUUCGUUCCUUGAAAUUGGUUUCACUUAGUUUUUGUGAACCUGCUUUUCUUUUUUUUUUUUUUCUCUUUUUUUCUCUCCCACUUUAUCCCGUCAAUAAGUCGACAAGCUGCUCCGGCCACUUGGUCUUUCUGUCAGGAUGGCGAGCUGGCUGGGAUUGGCAAGCACUCGCUUUAGCCACUCUCCGUCACCACUAGUCUUGCGCACCAAAGAUGGAAAGGAGAAGAAUUUAGCUGAUUUGUGCAAGGAAAGCACACCUCCUUGCCGCCUUAAUCCUCUCCUCUUCAAUGGUCACCUGCAGACUAUGUGGACGUCGGUCAAGUACGAGGGUCCCUUGGUUUACUACAAGCGCAAGGUCUUUCAAGCAGACUCCACAUACCUUGGCUCCUUUGCCGUCGACUUUGCCGUCGAUCCCUUCGAGGAGCAUGAUGCAAAGCUUCCUCCGCGCACCGCCUACUACACCGAUGAGGAGUUUGACAAGCUGGGUUCCGAUGAUAGUCGACCCAUGUUAAUCGUCCUGCAUGGUUUGUCUGGUGGCUCGUACGAGCUGUACCUGAGGGAGGCGAUUGAGCCCCUGAUUGCGGAUGAUUCGAACUGGGAUGUUAUCGUCGUAAACUCGCGCGGAUGUGCCAACAGCGAGAUCACCAGCGGGGUCUUGUUCAAUGCUAGAGCAACGUGGGAUGUUCGACAGGUUGUGAAAUGGGCUCACGAAAAGUAUCCCAACCGCCCUCUAUUUGGCAUUGGCUUUUCUCUUGGAGCAAACAUCAUCACCAACUACGUCGGCGAGGAAGGAGCAGGCUGUUUGCUCAAGGCUUGUAUAUCUGUUGGUAACCCUUUUGAUCUGGAAGUCUCCAGCAAGGCUAUGCAAAAUUCGACCCUGGGACUUAAUGUCUACUCCAAAGUCAUGGGAAAUAAUCUCAAAAGGCUCAUCGCCAAGCACAAGGAGAGCUUAUUGAAGCACAGUAACCUUGACUUCGACGCGAUCGAGAAGGUCACAUAUUUGCACGAGUUUGACAGGGCUGUACAAUGCCAGAGCUGGGGUUACCCCACGGAGAGCGCUUAUUACAGAGAUGCAUCUUCGUCCGACUCUAUACUAGCAAUCAGGAUCCCUUACUUCGCCAUUAGUGCCGCCGACGACCCGGUCGCUGUGGACCAGGCUGUUCCCUACCAAGAGUUCCAAGUGAACCCUUAUACGGUCCACUGCAGCACCUCUUUGGGAGGGCAUCUGUCUUGGUUCGAGAUUGGAGGUGGCAGAUGGCACGCCCGCCCUGUGGUGAACUUUCUGCGUGAAAUGGCUGCCAACAUUGAUCUCAAUUUCAACAAGGCCAAGGUUGGGAAUGAUAUGGAGCCCAAAGGUGCUGAGGAGCAUGGUUUUGAUCCUAUGAGAAGGAGGAUGAGAAUAAAUCCGCAACAGCUGAAAGACGACUAGACAUCAACAUCGCCAUGACCCGCUGAUAACCUGUCCGCUUACCUAUACCGCAUAGAAAUAGACGUCGAUUUAGAUUUCAAGCAUUC